UGCCUGCUCGUUGAGUGAGUGAUCUAAAUUUAGUCUUCGGUAUGAUGUGUCGUGCGUCACCUUGACCAGCGUACAACUAAAACAUCACCACACCAAUUGGUCAAUAAUUUAAUCUGUAGGGAGCAAAGUUCGUCAGGGUUACACCCCAAUAGUAAGCUUUGAUCCAGUCACAACCUGAAUGCUAGUAUAGUGAUUUUUAGAUACGACAUCGAAUCACGAACACAACAAUGGUGACACAGACUGAGCAGUGCGUUGAAGCAGAUGAUAUCCAUAGUAAACAUCCAGCAAAACAGAAAAGUCGGUUUUCUCGAUUUUGGAGAUCGUUCUCAGGAAAGAAGUCUUACUCCGAAAUUGGCACCAAUAACGACUCUGCAGGAAACCCGACGGGCGAUCCGGAAGCAGAUGGCAGUGCGGUAGGGCAAAUAUUUUUUGUUGAAACCGAUUUUACACCACAAGUCAAGAAGGAGGGAUUUCUAAGACGAAGUUUCAGAAAAAGUCGGCACAAGAAGAGGGAGCCGAAAGACCCGUUCCCUGACUUUAGUUCAUUCCGAGCUGAAAAUGUUCCAACGACAGAAAAGACGACAGUCAGUGGCAGCACGGUUAGUAGUAACAACGACCGUGUGUCAACAACUGAUAUUGACCCCAAGAAUGCAAGUAAACUAAACAUUCAUAUCUGUACCGUGAAUGCUGACGAAGAAUGUAUUGAACGGACAUCUGAUAGCGUCUCGAAAGAACACUUCGACAGUUUUUCCAACAAUGAAGUUAACAAAAAUGGUGACAUGGCCCCGUUACAACUCGCAUUACAAAUGCAUUCAGAAAUAAGUGAGGACAUUUCACAAUCCGUUGAAAGUAGCUACAAAUUUGAAAGAAGUGUAAGCUUCAAAAAUAGGGAUUAUCUGGAAACCUCAACCACACCGAUAUACAACACCAAUGCCUUGUCAAAACUAGCCCGUAAGGUGUCUUUCCAAAAAGGGGUCGUGAUUGGGUACACUGACUUAAACGUCCCGGAUCCUGUUGAGGUCGGCGAGAACUAUACACCGUAUCCAGACAUUUCUUCUCGCGUUACGCAUCAAGAAGUUGACUCUUUCGGUACAGCUAACAACCAACCAUACACUGUUUACACACUUAGAAAUACCGGAGAUAAUAAAACUUCAAAACUCGGCGACGAAAUAAAGGCACCGUAUUUCAACAGCUUUGAUAAAGAAGAAAAUAUUGAAAAAUCCCAUAAAACUGUAACAAAAUUGAACCGAAAAGUGUCUUUCAAUUCGAGGUCUGCGAUUUCAUCGUAUUCUGACCUAGGCGUUGUUGAGGAAGAUGACGAAGUAUUUAUGUCAGACGGCAGUGUUCAGUUUUCUGACAACCCCCAACCAUCCAGCGGUUCAGAACCCGGAUCAGAACAAAAUAUAUCGGAUAUUUUGAAGGAACUUGAAAAGCAUAAAUAUGCAACCGGUUUUCAAAUAGGUGCGAAAACUGAAGGAUGGGAACGCUGGCAAACGAACAGGACCAAUAAUUUACAAACUUCCCAUCAUCCCGGAUUUCGGUGGAAUUUUGAGUCUAUCGAUAACGAAUCCGUCAUGUCGAUAGGUUCGUCUUCUAGCCCGUCAACCCCAUCCGUUUCGAAUCACGAGACACGUAUACCUCACAACAAAAAACAGAACCCGACAGAGGAUACUGAAAGUGACAGUGAAGAUUACUCAUCAAACCAGAAACGCAUUCACGACGCUAGAUUUUAUGACCAUUUUCAUCUAUCCAAAACAGUGCCGAUGCGCGACAAUGUUGACAUGGAAGACCCGUCUGGCGAAGGUGGCCAAUCAGACCCGUAUAAUACCGAUGUAGUUGAAAGGAAAACAUUAGGAGACUUGUGUUACAACAGCAACAUUGACCGUAGGUUACACGUGACCUCUGCCACCGAGAUGGACCCGUAUGAGGAGCCCACAUUCCACCGAUCAGCAACGGAGCGGUUAUCCCGGCGGAUCUCGCCAAAUAAAAAGGCAAUAGUCACCAAAUACGAAGAGCUUGGCAUCUCCACCGAUACGCUUGACAGCACAUGUACUUUGCCCAUGUCUGAAGUAAUGCACAGUGAGGCGAGACUUGGCGAAUUUGGAAGAGAAACACCUAAGCGAAAAUCUAAAAUAAAAAAGAUCUUCGGGAAAAAGAAUUCCAAGGGUAGCCCCCGUGGUGAAAGGUUCUGACGGCUUGGUGCUGUUCGGUAUUUGCCAUGUCAUAUCAUGACGUCAUUGUGUAAAGAACGUCCACGCUGCCAUGUUCAGUAAAUUUAGAUUGACAAUAGUGCAACACAUGAAUGUCUUGUCGACGUAACAAUGACGUAUUCUAACUUGCAGACAAGAAAACGUAUUGGAAGGCAUCUCCAGGCAGGAUGGUGGGCCGUCAUAAGGGCGCCAUUUACGGACUGGUCUCUGAAACGUAGCUAUGAACGCAACAAGCAGACGGCAACUUUCACAGAGUAUAGGAACUUUUAUAACUUUUACCCAAUAUGGGACACGUGACGGAAAAUGAGAAUCGUUUAAUAGGAUAUUUAGUGUGACUUAUCUGCAUUCAAUUGCUUCUGAGCACAGUAUACAUUUCGAUUUUAAACUGUACUUAAAUUGAACAAUCUCGAAAUUACUGACAACAUUCCACUAGGGGCAAACUCAAAUAAUAACAUAAAAAACGUCUGGUUUCACAGACUUUAUCAAUCAAUAACUUCAGACUUGUUAUAUACCGAGAAUACGUGUCCUAUUAUACGUUAGAAAUGUGACGUGGUCGUUCCCAUUCGAACGCUUUUAUUACCAGUGCUAGUCAAUGUUAUCUCCGUCAAGUAUACACAUCGUAAUUGUUACGUAUACGUUUGUUGAAAUUUGAAUUCCAUGCGCUCACGAAGUGAGUCGACAUCACGUGAUUUUAAAAGAAUCUUCAAGUGCCUUUACUAUCUGUCUGUGAUGGUAUUCUAAACUGCAUUUGGAAUAUUAUAUUUUAGACAUUACUAUCGUUUGUAACAAUAAUUUAAUUGUGUUUUUAAUAGUAAUGCUGAUGUAGUUUACACAUGUAAUAUCAUUUGAGGACGGGUCCCGGUAAACGAAUAAUAUCUUUGAUGUGUUUUAUCCCUGUACAUUUAUUUUUAUAAUAAACUAUUUACAUUAAGUAGUUUAUAUUUUCAGUAUAAACCAAUGGAAAAGUGUUGUUUCAAUUGUCUGUAUAAAUUUGUAUUUUUUGAGAUGAAAAUGUGUUGAAUACGAUAUCAAAAAAUCUGGUUCAAUACAAAAUUGUUCUCAUGUACUGUAGGAUGCGCAGUACCUAUGACACGGUGCUUCCAUACUUGCACGGAACAUGGUAUUAGCUUUGACUUUAGAGGGCGUCGUUCAAUUCAACCUCAACUUCAUUACAAUAAAGGAGUGACAUUCAGACAAUAAAUAUUUUAUGUGAUAACAUUCAAA